UGUGAGCGCUGACCAAUCAGAGCGCAGUCAGGCUGCCGGUAACUUCAUCAGCUGUGCUCGGUUUGGUGGCUUACACGUUUAUGUUGUUCAUGCUUUACUCAACUUUAUACCAGAGGAUUUGACUCUUGUUUUUUGCGGAUUAGAUGGAUGGACAGUGAAUAAAGUUAAAGAAGAGAGAUGAGUACAAGGAGGAGAGGUGGGCCGAAUAGAGGUGGUGGGAGAUUCAACAAGCCAAAAGCCGCAGCUGCUGGACGUAGUCGAGGUGGUGGUGGUCGUAGUGGAGGAGGAGGAGGAGGAGGAGGUGGUGGUGGAGGAGGUGGUAGCAAGAAGUUUGGAGACUGGGAUGAAGGAGAUGAUUUCAGCCUUGACUUCGGACCCAGCCGCUUGGCCAGACCUGUGUUAGGCAGAGGCGGUGCAAGAGGAGGUGGCCGGGGGGGCAGCAGGGGUGGGGGUCGCGGUGGCGGUGGCGGCGGUGGAGGCAGCAGUGGUCGUGGUGGAGCUGGACGUGGCAAGGCUAGCGGUCGAGGAGGAGGAGGAGGCGGUGGAGGUGGUGGUGGAGGAGGAAGCAGCAGGGGGAGGGGCCGGGGUCUGCCUCGGUCCCUGGUGGCAGAGAGGGACCGGUCACAGCCUAAACCGGUGGAGGUGGUCACGCCUAGGGCGAAGCCUGAAGGCGUGAUGAGCAUCAUGCCCAUGCAGACCAUCUCCAUGACCAACGAGAACCAGGAGCUACUGAAGGAGCUGCUGAAGGAGCUGCAGCUGCAGGACCUUGAAGAGAAUUAUGAUGAAUCAGGCUCGGACUAUUAUGAAGAGGAGGAAGACGAGGAGGAGGAGGAAGGAGAGGAGGAGGAGGAGGAGUACGAUGAGCUGGACCACCGUGAGGACGGCCAGUUCUGGAGGACUCACGACCAGCCCGUGGAGAAGGCCGAGCGGCCGGUCGGCCCGGUGGAGGUCGAGAUCGAGUCGGAUGAGGAGCGACCCUCCCCGGAGCCCGUCGUCUCUCCGUUCGCCGUCGGUAAACUCUGCAGGUACGGCUUCGACCGCGAGCGCAGCCGUCUGGCGCUGGAGGCCAACGGCGGGGAGUUCGGCGCCACGCUGGAGCGCCUCCUCAACCAGGUGUUCGUCGAGCGCUUCGGCAUGAAGGCGGUGUCCCCCGACGGCCUGCAGGGGGCGCCCAUGGACGAGUGCCUGAGCCAGCGGGAGGAGGAGGCACUGGCCCUGGCCGCCAUCUACGGCGAGCGCUUCGAGGAGCGCAUCGCCAACUCGGUGUGGACGGUGAGCCUGGACCUGGAGUUCCUCGCCGACAGCCUCCACAGGAACAACAACAACAGCAACAACCUCGACAACGGCAACGGCGGCAGGAGCUACGGACGCCGCCACGGCGCCCCCGCGCCGAUCCUUCUGCGCGACGUCUGCCGCUUCUUCCUGCGGGGCCAGGGCUGCCGCUUCGGCGACAAGUGCAAGUUCAAGCACCAGAUGCCCACCAAGGGCCUGCGGUCCGGCGGGGGGUCCCCGGACCCCACGGGGCCCAGCCAGGCGGGCUUCAGCAGCUACGCCCCCCACGAGUACGAGCUGAUGGUCCGCUUCCCCAAGGGCAACCGCUACCCCUUCCAGCCGCCGGUGGUGGCCUUCAGCACCAACGACGAGGCGGUGAGCGGCGCGGGCCGGCUGGCCGCCACCGAGCGGCUCUUCGCCGAGGCGGCGGCGGCGGCCAAGUGCGGCGAGCCGGUGGUGUACACGCUGAUCACCUGUCUGGAGGACGAGGGCGUCCUGGUGGAGCUGCUGUCCGCCGCGCACCACAAGUUCAGCUCCCCGCCGCCCGUCCUCACCCCGGUGCUGCCCCCGGCCCCGCCGCCCGUCACCUACUCCGCCUCCUCCUCGCUGAUACCCUCCGUCGGGGGGAAGAGCAAGGGCGUGGCCCGGGGCAACGCGCCCGCCCCGGAGGGCAGGAUGAACGGCGCCGUGAGUGGCGGGAACCAGACCGCCAAGCCCUCUCCGGCCAACCACCACAACGCCACGACGCAGCAGCGGCCCGCGCAGACGUGGAGAGAAGCCAAAGACAGAGAUGACGUGGAGGUCGAGGAAGAGGAGGGGGACGAGGAGGAGGAGGACGAAGGCGGGGCGGUGAAUGUGGAGACGGAGAGCUACGUCCACCUGAGGAAGCAGAUGGUGAGGAAGCACGAGUACAAGAUGGACAACGUGCUGCAGGAGAACGGCAAGCUGUGCAGGGACUUCCGCAGGAAGCCGUCUUCCAGGCGCUAUGACGCCAUGCUGCAGCAGAGGCAGAAGCUCCCCGCCUGGAAGGAGAGGGACCACAUCCUGAACCUGCUGGACGACUGUCAGGUGCUGGUAGUCAGCGGCAUGACCGGCUGCGGUAAGACCACGCAGAUCCCCCAGUUCAUCCUGGACGACACGCUGGCAGGGCCGGCGGACCGCGUGGCCAACAUCAUCUGCACCCAGCCCCGGCGCAUCUCGGCCAUCUCGGUGGCCCAGCGCGUGGCCGAGGAGAGGGCCGAGCGCCUGGGCGCCACCGUGGGCUACCAGAUCCGCCUGGAGACCGUCCGGUCCUCGGCCACGCGGCUGCUGUACUGCACCACGGGGGUCUUGCUGCGGAGGCUGGAGGGAGAGGCGGACCUCCCGGGCGUCACGCACAUCAUCGUGGACGAGGUGCACGAGCGCACGGAGGAGAGUGACUUCCUGCUGCUGGUGCUCAAGGACCUGAUGGUGAACCGGCCCGACAUGAAGAUCAUCCUGAUGAGCGCCACGCUCAACGCCAACCUCUUCUCCGAGUACUUCUACAACUGCAACACCAUCCACAUACCUGGCCGCACCUUCCCCGUGGACCAGUUCUUCCUCGAGGACGCCAUCGCCAAAACCCGCUACGUGAUCGAGGACGGCAGCCCGUACAUGCGCUCAGGGAAACAGGGGUCUGGGGGACGAGGAGGAGGAGGAGGAGGAGGAGGGAAGGGAGGGUCAAAGGGCGUGGUGGACGACCAAGGAGACGACCAGUGGAGCUUCUCCUCGCUCUGCAAGAAGGACUUCGUCAAAGACUCCAUCCCCGACCAGCAGCUGGGCCUGGCAGAGCUGACUAUCCGGUUCAAAGAUGUGAGCAAGCCGGUGCUGAAGACCAUCGCUGCCAUGGAUCUGGACAAGAUCAACAUGGACCUGGUGGAGAGCCUGCUGGAGUGGAUCGUAGACGGGCCCCACGACUAUCCCCCCGGUGCUGUCCUGGUGUUCAUGCCGGGCCUGGCUGAGAUCAAGAUGCUGUAUGAGCAGCUGCAGUCCAACCGGAUGUUCAACAACAGGAACAAAUCCAGGUGUGUGGUGUACCCGCUUCACUCGUCCCUCUCCAACGAGGAGCAGCAGGCCGUGUUCAACCGGCCGCCGAAGGACGUCACCAAGAUCAUCAUCUCCACCAACAUCGCCGAGACCUCGGUCACCAUCGACGACGUGGUCUACGUCAUCGACUCCGGCAAGAUGAAGGAGAAACGGUACGACGCGUCCAAGAGCAUGGAGAGCCUGGAGGACUCGUGGGUGUCACGGGCCAACGCGCUGCAGCGGCGGGGGCGGGCGGGCCGCGUGGCCUCGGGGAUCUGCUUCCACCUCUUCACCAGCCACUGCUUCGAGCACCAGCUGUCAGAGCAGCAGCUGCCCGAGAUCCAGAGGGUCCCGCUGGAGCAGCUCUGCCUCAGGAUCAAGAUCCUGGACCUGUUCGCCGACCGCACCCUGGCCUCGGUCUUCUCCCGCCUCAUCGAGCCCCCGGAGCCGGCCAGCGUGGAGGCGGCGGAGCAGCGUCUGCAGGACCUGGGCGCGCUGACGCCCAGCGAGAUGCUGACGCCCCUGGGCUACCACCUGGCCUGCCUGCCCGUCGACGUGCGCAUCGGCAAGCUCAUGCUGUUCGGCGCCAUCUUCCGCUGCCUGGACCCCGCCCUCACCAUCGCCGCCAGCCUGGCCUUCAAGUCCCCCUUCGUGUCUCCGUGGGACAAGAGAGAGGAGGCCAACGAGAAGAAGCUGAACUUCGCUCUGGCCAACAGUGACCACUUGGCCUUGCUACAGGCCUACAAGGGUUGGUGCAACGCCGCCAAGAACGGGAACCAGGCCGGCUUCCGCUACUGCCGGGAGAACUUCCUGUCUGGACGCGGUCUACAGGAGAUUGCCAGCCUGAAGAGGCAGUUCACGGAGCUGCUGUCCGACAUCGGCUUCGUGCGGGAGGGGCUGAGGGCGAGGGUCAUAGAGAGGGCCAGCUCCAUGGGCACGGACGGGGUCCUGGAGGCCACGGGGUCGGAGGCCAACCUGAACUCUGACAACAUCCGCCUGAUGUCGGCCAUGCUGUGUGCAGCGCUCUAUCCCAACGUGGUGCAGGUGCGCUCCCCCCAGGGGAAGUACAAGCAGACCAGCAAAGGGGCGGUCAUGCUGCAGCCCAAAGCGGACGAGCUCCGAUUCGUGACCAAGAACGACGGCUGUGUCAACGUGCACCCGUCCUCCGUCAACUACCCGGUGCGGUACUACGACAGCCCGUACCUGGUGUACCACGAGAAGGUGAAGACGAGCCGCGUGUUCAUCCGGGACUGCAGCAUGGUGUCGGUGUACCCCCUGGUGCUGUUUGGCGGGGGGCAGAUCACCGUGGAGCUCCACAAGGGGGAGUUCCUCAUCUCCCUGGACGACGGUUGGAUCCGCUUCGUCGCCGCCUCUCACCAGGUGGCUGAACUGGUGAAGGAGCUGCGUAGCGAGCUAGACCAGCUGCUGGAGGACAAGAUCCGUAGCCCCAGCAUGGACCUGUGCACCUGCCGGCGCGGCUCCCGCAUCAUCCACAUGAUCGUGCAGCUCAUCUCCACGCAGUAGAGCCAUCCCUCCGUUCACACUCCGACACCCCCCCACCCCCCCCUCCACCACCACUACAGGAUAUAGGAACCGGGACUCGAGCAGAGUCGGACAGACGGGGACAGCACCCUGUUGUCAAAACCUCCACCCUUUUCGGACACAAAUUGGAUUCCCACUAUCGUCCCUCAUUCCCUUGGAAAAGCAUAUAAAAUGGAUAUGCAGUCGAUGUGGCUUGUAGUAUUCUCAGUACCAUUGACGUGAUUGGAUUGCUAUUUCUUUGGAAAGGAAAUUGUAUUCAUAGCUUUUUUUUGUUGACUAGUCUUACCAGAAGCGCCUUGGUCGACUUUGAGGACUCUUCCCCAGUUAAACGGUUUAAAGUUUUAGUUCAGCAAGGAAAUCUUUUUCCAGUGUAGUUUUUGUGCAUACAUUUGACGCAUUUCCUGAUAGUUCUCACUUUUUAACCUUCCUUUUAACCUGCAUUAUUAUUUUUUUCCUUUGUAGGUUACGUGUACCUGCUCAAAAACUGAGAAACGUAUUUCAAGUCCAUAUUGGAUUUCCUAUACGAUCAUGUCUGUAUUUAUAGAAAAACGCAUGAGUGAGGAGCUCUGGGAGCUUCUGCAUGCUUUUGUUCCACUUGCUCUACAUUGACGGGAUGUACACGCAUGUAACAGAGGUCAACAACUGCUCAAAGGGGUCCCAAGGGCUGAACGGAUGAUUAUUUAAAUUUAGAGCUGCCAAAGAAUCUGAAACUUGUUUCAUAUCAACUGAACACACCUGUUGGCUUGUACUGAGAAUAAAAUAGCAUUUUUGA